AUGGCACCAAUCAAAGUUGGUCUUAUGGGCUAUGGCUUCUCUACCAAGUGCUUCCAUCUUCCGUUCAUCACCCCGAACCCUGACCUCGAAGUCUGUGCCUUCCUGCAGCGCAAGGAGCCGUCAGAAGCCGGCUCGUGGGGGCACUGCACGAAGGACUAUCCGGAUGCCAAAUGGCAUCGUACUGAGGACGAGUUCUUCGCGGACUCGAACAUCGAACUGGUGAUCGUCUGUACCGGUUCGAAGAUCCAUACUCAGCAUGCCGAGAAAGCCCUGAAGGCUGGCAAGCAUGUCGUCGUUGAAAAGCCAUUCACCGUCAGCAGUGCGGAAGCAGAUCAUCUGAUCGCCCUCGCCAAGCAAGAAAAGAAGGUCCUGACCGUCUUCCAAAAUCGACGCUACGACUCCGACUUCCGGACUCUGCAACACCUUAUGCAGCAAGGUGCCUUUGGCACCGUAACCGAGUUUGAAAACCACUACGAUACUGACCAGCCUGAGUGGGUCCUGAAGUGGGACAAGCCAGGCUAUGAAGCUGGUGAAGGUAUGCUUUAUGGUCUUGGCACUCACAGCAUCGAUCAAACAUUACUUCUGUUUGGUCCUCCGAAAAGUGUGACGGCUUGGUGGCGAGCGACAAGAAUGGAGAGUCAGACCGACGAUGCCUUCACCGUCAUCCUGCAGUAUGGUGGCGACAAAAAGAAUCUGGUUUGUACCGUUAAGACGACGAUUGUGACUCCCUUGCCCAUGUCCAAGAUCCCUAAGUUUAUCAUUCGGGGUACUGAGGGUGCCUUUAUUAAGAACGGCGAGGACCCGCAAAUCGAUCAUCUCUUCGCAGGCAUGAAGGUAGACGACCCAAAGUUCGGCGUCGAGCCGGAAAGUUAUCACGGCUACGUUGCGAGCAAGAAGCAGCUGGACGCCGGUGACCUUAGCAAGGAAGGCGGGAGUCCGUCGGCGCCCUACCACGGCGUAUAUCCGAGUCAGAAGGGUAGUUACCUUGACUACUACAAGGAUGUAGUCAAGGCGAUCCGAGGUGAGGCUGAGGUGGCGGUUAAGCCAGAGCAGAGUCGCGAUGGCAUUCGCGUGAUCGAAUUGGCGAGGGAGAGCGCUGAGAAGGGUGUGACUGUUGAGUUCAACUAG